AUGAGGGAGGUCUUCACUGUGAAGGCGCAUGUCAUAGCACUACAGCUGAAAGCCGAUUGCUGGAAUGACACCCAGGUGCCGCUAGACGUGGCGCUGCUUGCCGCGACCACGCGUGGAAGCGUGACUUCAUUCCUUUCCGCGCGGCACCCCGUCGUUAGACCUGCCCCCCGCUUCUCAGCCUUUCAGGUGCGUGCUCGAACCCGCUCCAAGCGCACACGUUCAGGUUCCCCAACAACCGAAAUUCACGGCGCUCAGACGACCGCCCCUCACCCUGCCGAUCGCCCCCGCUCCGUAGCCCUGCCGGAGCCGCUCCCGGCGGCGAGGGGGGCCCGGCUGGCUAAGCCGAGCAGCGCUGCCGGGUGCCGCCGGUGGCUGCGAGCAGGAGCGAGGGCGGCCGCUCCCCGGCCCCGCGGGCCGCCCGCCGCCUCGCCCACGCGCGGGCCGCCUCCCCGCCUCCCGCGGUGCGUGGUGGUGGGGGACGGCGCCGUGGGCAAGACGUGCCUGCUGAUGAGCUACGCCAACGACGCCUUCCCCGAGGAGUACGUGCCCACCGUCUUCGACCACUACGCAGUCAGCGUCACCGUGGAGGGCAAGCAGUACCUGCUGGGGCUCUACGACACCGCCGGGCAGGAAGACUAUGAUCGUCUGAGACCUUUAUCUUAUCCUAUGACCGAUGUCUUCCUUAUCUGCUUCUCAGUGGUAAACCCUGCUUCAUUUCAAAACGUGAAGGAAGAAUGGGUACCGGAGUUGAAGGAAUAUGCACCUAAUGUUCCUUUUUUACUAGUAGGAACACAGAUUGAUCUUCGUGAUGACCCCAAAACUCUGGCAAGAUUGAAUGAUAUGAAAGAGAAGCCUUUAUCUGUGGAACAAGGACAGAAAUUAGCAAAAGAGAUAGGAGCCUACUGCUAUGUGGAGUGUUCAGCUUUAACACAGAAAGGACUGAAGACUGUUUUUGAUGAAGCUAUUAUAGCCAUUCUAACUCCAAAGAAACAUACGGUGAAGAAGAGAAUAGGUUCGAGAUGCAUAAACUGCUGUUUGAUCACGUGAGAUACAUUUGACAAUGGCCAGGCUUACUGUGAAAUUCUACUGAACUUAAAUACAACGCGUUAAGUACAGAAAACUUGUUUGAAAGCUAAAAUAAUGAUUCUGCCUUCUACAACCAGUGAAAUCCAGAGGAAUACAAUCAAAAUCAAUGAACUUUGUAAUAAGAAGCCACCACAUCUGUUACAAACAUUUUAUUCAGACUGGAAGGUACAAUCUCUCAGGGUUACAUAGUCUAGAGGAAGCAAAAACUGCACCAUGUUGAAACAGCAUCUGUAUGAUGCUAUUGAGUGGAGGUGCUUGGCCUGUAAUACUCUAAAUGAAUUUGGAUAGUCGUCUGCUUUGACUACACAUAUACAGAUAUAUCUAGAGGGGAAAAAAAAACAAAAAAAACAACAACAAAAAAGAAACUUUUGCACAGUCUGUAUGGAAUCUGCACAAAGAAAUACCUUGUCUCUCUUUGCGCCAGUUAUCUGCUUUUGUAUGUAAGCUGCUUGCGGUUCCAGUGUAUCCACAGAGGUGCAAUAAUCAGACCAGCCAUAUAGCCAAAGGUAGCUCCGAGGGAACAUGAAAUGGGCCAUACCUGAGGGGAGAAUGCAAGGGAAAAGCAGACAAUGAGAAAAAUUGUUUGUGUUUUUUGUACUUUGUGAGCACAAAUUCUCAGUGUAAUCUAGGUACUGAAAGACAGUGGUGUCUUAUUCUACUCUAAAGCUUGAUGUGCUUUCCUAAAAAUGCCACAAGUAUAACAAUCAUACGUGCAUCUUCAUGAACACUAAAUGCCGUGGUACAGUUUUGUUAUUUUUUAUAUUAAUAUGUAUUAAAACGUAACCAGGCUUCUGGCUGUUGCAGAUCUUAGUUUGAUGUUCCCAAAACUACAUGAAAAACUUACUAGCAUUUAUAUCCCCCGAAGUGUUCAGCUAACUUAGCGUCCUGCUGAACACACCUUGAAACCUACAGAUUUUAUUUUUUGCGACAGUUAGACUUGAAGAUCUUUGUAGGUCCCUUCCAACUGAAACUAUUCUAUUCUAAGUCUGCCUUUUUCCAUUUUUCCUUCCAAUCUUUCAUGGUAUUCUGAAACUUUCAGAGGUGUGUCUAAAUAAGCUAAUAAUACAAUAAGGCCAGAAACUGAGAUGAAUAGAGGGUUGUUUUUUUUUUUUUUUAGGCUUGAAAAGUAGGCAGAGGGAUGAAUUCCCCUCUGGCUAGAAGAAGGAAGCAAACUUAAGUCUGGAAACUGACUGAACAUCUUGCACCCAGUUCAGGAAAAAUAUAAUAAGCCAGUAUGUUGAAAACUGCAAGAGAGCUUUCAUUAUAGGCUCUAUUUCCUAACAUAAAAACAGGGAACUGACUCAAUACAGCUGACUCACACAAAGCAUCUAGUAUUGAGGCAAAGAAGUAAUGGAAUCCUUCCCACCACCACUGUCAAAUUGAUUUUCAGGGAGGAUGGGCCAAAACAAAACUGUAACCAUUCUGUACUUAGAUGUAGCAUAUUUUAAUGUCAACUGCGUGUUGCAUUUGAUGAAGGUCCCAACUAAGUUGGUGAUUGAAAAUAUUGUAGAAUAAACUGAAUUCCCACCUCUCUUCAAAAUUCUCCAUUGUAUAUUGCAGGGACAAUUUUGCACAUCCUGCUGUACAGUCCUUAAUCUAGUACAGACUGCACUGUCCUAUUCUUUGUUUUUUAAAUUAAGGGGGAUAUUCCCCUUCUAUAGUACUUGAGACUGAGAAAUGCACUAGACAUUAAAGAAAAUAUCCACAUCUCAGUGUCCAGCCUUUUUUUCUACUUCAUUUUGACAGGCAAUUCAUGAGAAUCAAAUGAACUUGCUCUUAAUGGUACUGGUUUCUCAUUUUCCUAGAUCUGAUUAUUUUCUUUACUCCAUUAUCGCAGGAAGAAAUAGAUUUAUUCAUGUCCUUCAAUCAUGGGAAUUUUAACUAGGAAUAAGAGUAACUUAUUUUUGUCCUCUGCUGUUUCAUCUUCACAUUCCUUAGCAUUUGCAGUUUUAUAUAUUAUUUGGAGGUCUUAAGGAGUGUAGCAAAGAUGACUAUAAACAAGGUGCCUUAGGUACUCUUUAUUGACCUUGUUUCAUUCUUCCAUUUCCAAACAUUCUAUCUCUGCUAUUUGGUUUCAAUGCUAGAAUGUUUUGGCUGUUGCCUCUCAAACCAAAGACUUGCUUGUUUCAAUUCAGCUAACAGUGGCAUUGUAGAUCUUCUAUAAAAAGCCUUGAGAUGCUUUGGCACAGUAAGAUAUUAUGUAUAUUUAAAACUCACAUGACUUUGUGGCCUUGGCUAAACUUAUGCUUCAGGUAGAUCUUUUCAACUUUUAAAAGAAAUGUAAUCAAGUUAUUUCUAACACUUUGCAGGCUAUUUUAAGUGUCUAAAGGACAAAAGCAAAAAAGUCCCUGAGACCCCAGUUACUCAGAAACGUUCAAUGGAAACGGCAGUCAAACUUUCUUAUCCACUGGUGAAGUGAAAUACCGUUCUAACAAAACUAACAACAGAAGCUUCAUAACUCAGUGGUCUUCUUUUGCAUCAAAUUCUCUGUGAGCGAUCAAUGAUCCUUCAUUAAAUUUUACCUACAUUAGGUGAAUCUAUUGUAGCCAAAUUGCUUUUCAGAAGUACGAGUAGAUGUCAGACUGAUUUUUCAUGUUCCCUUAGCCAGUAAGGUCAAUAUCUCUGAUGACCCAUUCGCUCUGUAUUUUUUGGUAUCGUAUGUAUAGUGAGCAAUUGUUGAAAUGAUUAAAAUGAUCUCUGUUGAUGCUGUAGCUUCUUUUUCCUGAUUGGAUCACAACUUGGAGCGCAGUUUCUCAAUAGUUUUCCUGAAUUAUGUAACUUAAUAUUAAUGAUGCCUCUGUUUGCCCUCCAAAACAUUCAGUUUUUGCUUUGAUUUCUUAAAAAAUCAGUGUUACCUCACGGGUUUUCAGGCUGUCUUACUUAACACGUGACCUCUGAAAUCCAUCCCUCACCUGUGGCAGAUAUCAAAGGUAAGGGGUAAAAGGGAGAAACCUUACAACACUCCAUCUCACUGACUGUGAAUGGGAUCGAAAAAGAAACAUCAUCCUUCUAGUGGCAUAGAAAAGAAGGGUACUGUAGAAAAAAAGAAUGUUACCAGGUGCCUUAUUACUGUUAAAGGCCCAUGUGUCUUAUGCUGGAGAAAUGGCCCAAACAGUUGUGAAGGUAUUUUGGCCUUCUGAAAACUCCCUAAGCACAGGAGCUACAAGCCUGGACAUAAGAGAGUAGCUGUCUGGAUGUCACCUCUCAAGGCAGGGCAAAACAAUAAACGAGUAAUGGUACAAGCUCUGCACCUUUUAUUCAUGACCAAUGCCAUAUGGUGUAUUUAAAGAAAUCAGAGAAAUAUUAAUAUGUGGUUCUUAAGCUCAUCAGCUGCACUGAAAUAACAGCCCGUUUGUAUGCUUUACAGUCUGUAGCAAAUGUACUGCAUCGCAUCCACCAAAAAAAGUGAACUGCUUUCUUUUUCAUCAGGUGCUGGCCUUGUUUUUCUGAGGUUCAGUCGCUUUCUGCUGAACCUUUUUAAGUGAAAUUGACUUCUUUGAUCAAUCUACUUUUGCCUUGUCUUGCAUAUUUUCUCUUAAACUUGGUUUGGUGUUCCUGACUCAGUUCCAAGUGAUAAAAAUCUAAGCAGCUGAUAGACACCUACCAAUUGUAAGAGAUUCCCUCCAUCCCACUUGUUAGAAGUACCCAACUCGUAAUAUAUUCCUUUCACUUUCUGAAAACUGCUCAGCUCGGUUUCUCCUACUUUGUGUUCCUUUCUGCUAUGAGGAAGCUGACAUAACCUACUCCAUCACUGACAUCAUGCUUAGGGUGGAGUAGAUGGGUCAGCAGCAGGAAAAUAAGAUAUUAGGCAACAUUACCUAACUGCAGUUUUUUUGAGGGAGAGGAGAGGAAAUUGAUCUGCAGAGAUUAAUAUGGGGAAUGUAGGAGGCAGGACAGAACAUUCUUCAGGGAACUGUUGUGAAAUACCUUGUGUAUCCCAGCAACUGGGAAGCAUCAGCUACCAUCCUCACAGCCCACUACAAAAACAGUCAGUUUAUGUACCAAAUGCAUGUGGAACCAGGCCAGUUCUAACAAUGCGUAUGUGAUUGCUGAGAAUCUGAACAGCGGCUUGGCAACAACAAAUCCCACCUGCAUGCUUAACAAGCACAGAAAUUGAAUUUUAAGGGAUAGAGCAGAAGCCAGUAGUUAACAGAAAGCAAUCCUGACUUCUGCUAUUUCAAUUUUCUUCUAGCCUUGUUUUUUUUUCAUUUGGCAGUGCUGAUAGGACUUAACAGGAAUUUCUUUAGGCUAGCUAAAUAGAUACUGCAGAACUGCAAGGUUUCUAGUAUAUUUAAGAACUUAUUCUAAGAAUGAGAACAGGAGUUGCCAACCUUUCAGGAAAUAAAUGAGCUAGUUUCCUAAGUGCUCUAUAGAACACCUGUGAGCCGACUUGAGAAUACUUAACAUAUUGCAUGGGAAGAGAAGCAUGUUGCAGGAUCACAGCAAGAUGAUCCUUGCUCUGCUAUACUAUGCACAUAGCUAGUUAAAGCAGAUUUCUGGCUGCAUGACAGUUUUCUUCUCUACUGUGAGUCCACAACAUGCAUCCCAUGCAAUAGGAAGCAUCUCAACACUGAUAAUGACAUAAAGGCCAGAUUCUUACAACGCAGAGCAGUAAAACCCUGAUAAAGGUUUUAAGGGUAUCACAAAGUAAGCAGGUGACUGCUGGUACAGACAGAGUGGGGUAAUCUACUGCAUUUAUUAUUUAAAAAAAUAAACAGACUGGUCCCAUCCUGCAGAUAAGUGCUUUUUUCAUAUGCCUACACUAGGAUUUUUUUGUAUUGUUAUUAUUUCCAAAGAUCUGUUUCUGGCUGUCAAUUAGAAAGCUAUGUAAGCUGUAUUUUUAUUUCACUUAAGAACCGAAUAAAUGAGCACAAUGAUUUUCCCUCUGUUUCUAACAUGCCUUAAAUUACAGAUUGUUUAGUCUGCACUGUCUUAAAAUUUUCAAAACAUAUUUUUAACCCAUUUUGGUUGUGUGAAUGUUAAGUAAAAGUGUCUUACCACAUUGUACAGAAUGUGUAUGUUGACAAGCACGUGCUGUGGAGAGGAAAGUGUGAAGACUUUUUCAGGCUGGCAUUUGUAACCAGAAGUUGGUUUUGUGGAUUUGUGUUCUAAAGACCUAGCAAGCAUGGCUGCCUCUGAUUUCACCAUUAAGGUUUACACUAAGAAAACAUACCUUUAAAUAAACAAUGAUAACCCCACUGAAA